AUGGCAAAUCACAUUGACUUGUUGCCGGAAGACAUUUUGCUCAAAAUGGUUGUCGAGAAGGUAGCUACUAGUUCUUUUGUCAACUUUUUCAACAUGCAAGCCACCGAUGCACGAUUUCGUAAACUCAGUAAUAACCCCGAUGUUCUGAAAAAAGUCAUGUCAAUAUUGACAUUUAUCAGACUCAUUUUUAUUCCUAUUGGGAUUGCCGCACUGAUUGCUUCAAACAAUGUGGUUGAAAUUAGCUUGCGGUAUGAUGAUAUAUGCCUUCCAUCUACUAAUUAUAAUCAUGAUGAUGCAUUGACAUAUAUCAAAGAUGAUAAGAUGGACAAAACUUGCUUCAAGCACUUAAAUUUAUUUCGAAAGCAGAAGACCGUGGUCCUAUCAACCGCAACAUGGAUGGGUGGGAAAAAUAAUUUCUUGGGGAUUGGUUACAUUGCCAUAGGUGGAUUUUGCUUGAUGUUCACCCUAUUUUAUGGAGUUAUGUGUGUGAUGAUACCAGAACCCCUUGGGCGCAAGGAGCUGAUUCAUCUCACACAAGCAAAGUUUUGA